AUGUCUUUAAGCAACAAUCAGGUUUAAUUUCUGCUUCCCAUGAUGGUUCAAUUAUUUUCUGGUCUUUAAUUAUAAUUCCUAAUUUCAAGUAUUUAGCUAGAUUAAAAGGAUAUACAGAUCAAAUAACUUUUUUAGUAUUACAUCCUUUUUGAAAUAAAUUAAUUAUAAGCGGAUCUAAUGACAAAUCAAUAAAAUUUUGGACAGGAAGAAUAUAUCAAAUCAAGAGAAAUCUCUGUUUAAGGAGAAAAAGAUCCUUGCUGGUUUUAUUUUCCCUCUCUUUAAGUUCCUUAAAAAAUAUAUUAAUAUGCAAGAAUGGACAUAAAGUUAAUGUAUUAUAAUUCACAUUCUCUUAUUCUGGCUGGAAAUGCAAUUUGA